CAAAUACCAUUUAAAAAAAUCACGAGGGAUUCUUAAGGAAAGUAAAACUGAAACUAUAAUUUGGCCAUCAGUCAUCAGCUCUUCAGGAAGCUGUUGUCAGGGUUUUCUACAUUUUGGAUUCCAGUGAAGCUUGACCGAGAUGGGCCGUCUGUGGAGGAAACAAUCUUUCCCCCCACAUGUCUGAGAGGGUUCGAUCCUGGAACGUGGGACUCAGAGGUCCGUAGCUGCUCAUCCCACAUCACAGUUAGGCACACACAAGUGAAGUGAAGUAAAACUGCUGUGGAGGCAUAAACCUAAUGCACUUAGGACUUGGAUGAUACCUUAUACUUUCAAGACUUGCUGGGGUAUGAGUUUUCCCAGCUUGACCAUGAAGAUGUAAAAUACCAUAUGCAGUUACUGGUUUUAGGAUCUGAGGACAGCAUGGCUAUUUCCUGGACUUCCAGCCAUUAACUGUUUCGGCAGCCGGACCCUUCCCCUCCCACCUCCCACCCCCGACCCCAGCUAGGACCAGUGUUUCUGAUGCUGCGGUAGCCAGACCCCUUCCUCCCCUCACCCCCACUCCCCUACAGGAGCGGUGGGACAAUAAUCUGGGACACACUCAGCUUUCGGUGUCACCAGCCACCGGGACCAGCCUCCCUGAUGCUGCAGCAGCCAGACCCAUCCAUCCUCUCAGGAGCGGAGGGAGACGGAGCCAAAGCGCACGUGGCCCGCUGCCCCUCCCGCUGGGCUCCGGCUCAGAGUGUCCUCAGCCUCCAGGACCAGCAUCCCCCAUGCCACAGCAGCCAGACUCCUGUCCCCCAGAGAAGUGGAGGGUGAAGAAGUUCCCGUGACAACAUAUAGAACUUUGGGAAGGUGGCAGCCGUUUGGGUCUGGACUGUUUACUUGAGAGGUCGCUUCGCCAUCUCCACUUCGCCGUGCCCUUUGAGCAUCUGAUAUUCACCCCGGCCCCAACUCCGCAGCAUUUCCAUCCAUGAGGGAAAAUGUGCCUCUUCCUGCUAGUUCUGAUCCUGGAAAUGCAGCUCCACCUUAUGCCAGCUUUAUUCACUGUCCAGAUUCCCAAAGACUUUUAUACAGUGGAUUACGGCAGCAAUGUGACAAUGGAGUGCAACUUCAAUGUUGAAAACCAGAUGGACUUCAACAUUUUAUUAGUCUUCUGGGAUAAAGAUGAAAAGAACAUUGUGAAGUUCGCUAAAGGCCAGGAAGACCUUAAAACCCAGGAUGAACACUACAGAGGAAGAGCAACCUUAUUAAGAGAAGAACUGUCCUCGGGAAAAGCCUUGCUUCGGAUCAGUGAUGUCAAAAUAACCGAUGCCGGGCAGUACCGCUGCCUAAUUAGCUACGGGGGAGCCGACUACAAAUACAUCACUCUGAAAGUUAAAGCAUCCUACAAGCCAGUAAACACCCAAAUCCUUGCAGCCCCUGGAGGGGAUGAAGAGGAUCUUAUCUGUCAGGCUAAAGGCUUCCCUCUAGCAGAAGUGUCCUGGCAAAAUGUCAGUGCACCCGCCAACACAAGUUACACUAGAACUCCGGACGGCCUGUACCACAUAACCAGUGUGCUGAGGCUCCCAGCAAACUCCAACAAAAAUGUCAGCUGCAUAUUCUGGAACAAAGAUGUGAAUGAAAGAACAACUGCUAAUCUGGACACUCCGGCUCCCACAGAGGUACCUCUGGCUGAAAAGACAUCCCUGUUUUAUCUGUUCAUUCCCACUUGCAUUAUUGCCUUUAUUUUUAUAUCUGCUUUGAUAUUUCUGAGGAGACCCCUCUGCAGAGAACUUUCCAACAGGAAAGAGAACCGAACACGAGGAAAUGGGCUCAAACUGCAGCAAGAGAAAGUCCGACAUAAGGAAGACAGAGGGAAGAAUUUCUUUGAAUGUUUGAACCUGUGACCCCCGCCCCCCCAAGAGCUGAAGACAGUUGGAUCGUUCAGGCUCAAGAGACUGCAAAGCUCCUUGCAGGGUUGGCAAUUUGCACUUUGAGAAAAUCCAGUAACUCUGAGCUUCUUUUCCCGAAACAGUAAACGCAAACCACUGGGUGGGCCGUACCGAAGCCACGAAAGUCUUCUCGGCUACGGUCAGGCCGAAAUGUGUUUCCAGGUCACGAGGCAGCCUCGAAAGUCACCGUGUUAAGUGUGCGAGCUGUUCCGCCAACAACCCUGCUUGAAUUCCGGACAUCACCUGUUUCCCUCUGAACGGACAUGUCUAUUUGGAUUUUUUUUUUGCACUUUAGAAAGAUGCUGUGGUGAGGACUCCUCUUGGAUGUAUUUCAGGAGUGGAAUCAUCCCCUACUGGCUUAAGGCCAGCUCCAGACUGGGUUUUCGCUCUACACCAUUGCUGGAGGGUCGAAGACUUGAAGUGGAAACAGAGAGAACUGUUAAACCUCUUAGCUGGUGCAGAAAGGAGGAAUUCUGAAGGGAUGUCGAGAGGACCGAAGAAGAGCUGGAUUUUGCCAUUUACAGAACUAGAUCAAAACUCAGAUAGAAUUUCUCCUAGUCAUAAUUCGGGCUACCUCUUCAGAAACACCCAACCCACCAAGCCACCUCUGGCUCAAGGCCCACACAAAACUUGGGCGCAUCUGAAGCCGCCUGCUUUGUUAAGGUCGUGAGCCACAGGCGAAGACCACAUCAAACACCGUAUUCUGAGUAAAACUCAACAGACUGGAAUUCUCGAUGUUUAUUCAUAGGAGUAAAAAAAGUUUCCUGAGGGUGACCAGUUAAACAUAACGCAUAGACCCAUCCACACUAGACCGUCUUGUUAACUUUUCUAGGCAAAAUGAAGUAUAUUCCAGCAACCUACGUAAAUACGAAUCGCGAGCAUAAAAUUAAUUGUAGCAGUUUAGUAUCCCUAUUAAUUUUUACUAAAAACAACUGAUCAGUUUUGAUUAAUAACAUUGCCGUGCUGUUGUAAUGAAAUAUAUUGAAUAUUGUUUGAGGGCUUGAGGUGAGAUGAUUUUGAGGGGCAGAGCAAUGCAUUGAGCCUAUUCCCAGUUCCAUUACUUGCUGUGUGACUUCGAGCAAAUCACUUAAAGUUUCUGGGCUUUGGGGUCCCCAUCUGUUAGAUGGGGAUAAUAAUACUUUUUGCUUUGGAAUCCUUCUGCUUAGAAUCCUGCACGUGCUGACAAUCACUGCUGUUACCAGGUGAUGCUGAAAGUUCUCAGUAAGCUCGCGGCGGGCGGGGAAUGCGACUCCCGACUCCGUUCUCUUGUUAUAUUGUACAGUGCUCUGUACACACUGUACAGUGUGUACAGUGCUCUGGACACAGUAAGCGCUCAAUAAAUACAAUUGAUUGAUAGAAGUGCUUUGUUCAUGAUCCUGAGCUGCCUCAAGGACCUUGAGGUCACUGAGAAUGGAGGGCAAUGGGUAGAAAUUCAGGCUAGGGAAGUGGGAAAAAUAUGGCAGCUGAAGGGAGAAGUGAAGGGAGAGUGGGGAGGGCAGAAGAAACCAACAGGGGAGAUUUUAGCCUCGUGACAGGAGAGGCGGUGAGAUGAGAGCAGGAAAGGAACGGUCUUUUUGGCUAGUCUCCACCCCAGUUGCUUCUCCUCCCAGCACAGCUGCACUGGAGAAAUCUCUGACCGAACCGUUCAGAUGCAGGAGGAAACGGGGAGGCCAUCCGAAAUCUCUCCCCCUGGCUCUGCAUAUAGUACCGAAUGCUGCUUCUUAUUGGAAAAUAUUCAUCGCAUGCUUAGGAUCGUAGGAAGGAGACGGGGAUGAUUGCCCACACUGUUUUGUAAGCUGGAGUCGCAGCCUCACUCAUCCCAGGUUUCUGAUACAACUCAAGUUUCCUAUCAGAGCUGGAAAGGCCCAAAAUGGUGGCUCUCUGGACUUUCAGUUACUUGAAGCCUGUCCGCUCCCAGAUCCUGCACCUAUUAAAAAACCCCAAAAAACCCCGCCUCGUUUUUGCCCCCACAUUCACAGUGAAAAUCUGGCACUUUGGCUUAGAAUCCAUAUAUAUAGGUGGGUAUGUUCUCAAAUUCUUUUUGUUAAAGCUGCUUUUCUAUGAGCACAGCCUUUCCAAGCUCCUCGUUACUUCAUGCAUCAAAUUCGGGUGACUUCUCCUGUCUUUCAAGGUUCUACACUCUUUUUCCUCCCCACAUCUCUUUUCUCACUUUUUGUCACUCACUUCUCUUCCUUUCUUCACUCCAUGCACUUAGUUCAUCCAUUCCAAUGUUCCACUUGAGUCUCUCGAGUCGGAGGAGCUACCUCCACGGAACAGUUCACAAAGGGAAUGGUAUCCAAUGGAAAAAGCAUUGAACACAAAGGCUCUAAUCUGUGCUCGCCGACCGUGUGACCUUAGAGCCUCCGCUUUCCCCGUUUGUAAAUUUUGCCUGAAGCAUAGAUUCGUUGAUUUAUUUUCAGUGUGCCCUUUGUUCUCUGGUUUCUAUAUUGAGUACCCCACUGAUUCCUCUGUAAUUCGUGUGUAUUAAAUCUCGUAUUUAUUUGA